ACGUCUCCGCAUGCGCCACCUCCCGCAAAUUACCUCUGCUAGGGUUUCUCCUCGCCCAGCGACGCCCCGCUCCACUCUCUCUGUACGCGCGCGCAAGAACUCCACGAAGCUGGUUAUCUCAGUGUAUAUCCUAUGCCAUGGAUAUUGAUAUGGAGGAACAUAACAAAGAAUUCGGUGUACUAUUGAAGCAGGGGGCAGAAGCUAGGGUAUUUGAAUCAAUAUUUGUGGGGCAAAAGUGCAUCAUCAAAGAGCGAUUCUCAAAGAAGUAUAGGCAUCCGGUGCUGGACUCAAAGUUAACUACUAAACGAUUAAAUGCGGAAGCUCGCUGCAUGACAAAAGCAAGACGACUUGGUGUUCCUACUCCAGUUUUAUAUGCCGUAGACCCACUGUUGCAUACUCUGACCUUUGAAUAUGUUAAUGGCCCCUCUGUGAAAGAAAUACUCUUAGAUUUUGGAUUGAAUGGUUUAGUUCACGAACGCUUGGAUGACAUUGCCACACAAAUAGGGAAUGCAAUUGGGAAGCUACAUGAUGGAGGUCUCAUUCAUGGUGAUCUGACGACAUCAAAUAUGAUUGUCAAGAGUGGGACCAAUCAGCUGGUGCUUAUUGAUUUUGGUCUGAGCUUCAAUUCAACUCUCCCUGAGGAUAAGGCAGUGGAUCUGUAUGUUCUAGAGAGAGCUUUGCUAUCUAUGCAUUCAUCAUGUGGGAAUGUUAUGGAUAAAAUACUCUCUGCAUAUAGAAAGGCUUCGAUGCAAUGGUCAUCCACAAUGAACAAGCUUGCUCAAGUGAGACAGCGAGGUCGAAAGCGUACCAUGGUAGGAUGAACGCUCUUCGUCAGAACAAAUCGAUGGAUGCUAAAACAACCCGUGCAGACAGGUUCGGACAUUCAGCCAACAUUUGCGCGUGACGGCGUUUAUAUGUUAGGACUACCAGUGUUUCCUCCGGUAAAAUGAGCAGCUUUGUCAGUGACAUGUUACAUCUGUUUGGAAUCAAUUAUGCAACAGGCAUUUCUUGUAAUCGAGAUGAAUCUUAGUUAUGACGAAAUUUUUCACAAGAUUCUUGUUCUGCUUCUGAAAAUGCAUUUGCCAUUUUGAUUUCCUUUUUUAUGUAUUUGUUCUGACAUUUAUACAAUCACUGGUCAUGUAAUCCAAAUUUCACUUAUGGCCAAUCAGUAGCAUAUAUUAUCAUUAA